AUCAAAACCACUGUAUCCGACCACUCACUCGCGAAACUUUGCUCAACAAUCUCCAACAAGCGCCGGAGACUCUCAGUACUGUCACGACCGGCGACAUGACGACGACUACACCUGCUCCCCCGCUCUACGUUCGCUCCAAGCUGGAGCAGAUCGUUCGCGAUGCGGGGUUUGUCGUGUUCCGGAUUGAGUACGAGCCCGGUUCCAAGCAGGGCGACGGAUUUAUCGGUCAAAUUUUGCGGGCUCGGAUCCGGGGGGAUCGUCGGAAGGCGGAGGAUGGCAGCGUGGAGAAGGGCAAGAAGUGGUCGCUGAUCUGCAAGUACUUGCUGGACGAUCCGGUGCUGCGGGAGAAGUUCAACUCGAUGGUGCUGUUUGAGCGGGAGGUGUUCGUGUACCGGGAGGUGCUGCCGGAGUUUGAGCGGUUCCAGCUGGAGCGGGGGUUGGUGCGUGGGGAUGGCGUUGGUUUUUGGAACUACUUGCGGUGUUACUGGGCUGGACACGACGAGGAGCGCGGUGAAUCGGUGUUGAUUCUGGAAGAUUUGGCCGAACGUCGGAUGGUGAUGAAGGACAAGUACGUUCCGACGGACUUUGAGCACACCCAGCCGCUGAUGGUGGCCCUGGGGAAGCUGAACGCGUGCUCAUUUGCAAUUAAGCAGCAGCGGCCGGAGGUAUUCGACAAGAUCCGCAAGCUGGACUACCUGAUGCACCUGGUAAUGUCAACGGAGCAGACGGCACCGCUGGCGGCGAGAAAUUGCAAACUCGCCGCAUCGCUCUUCACCGGUGCCCAGCGAGACCGGUUCCUCGCCCUGCAACACAACCUCUGGGAGAAGGCGCGCCAGCAGGUGGCCCCGGAAAACCUCGAACCGUACGCGGCCUUCAACCACGGCGACUGCUGGAUCAACAACGUCAUGUACGGCUACGAUGCCAGCUCCGGCGCCGUCAACGACCUGGUUCUGUUCGACUGGCAGAUGGCCAACUGUGGUCCACCGACGGUAGAUCUGCACUCGUUCGUCCACCUCUGCGGACGGGUUGAACUCCGGAGGGAGAAGCUGCCCACGCUGCUGGACGCGUUUUACGACGCCUUUGCCGGGACGUUCCGUCGGUUGGGCGGAGGGGAUCCGGAGCAAGUGCUACCCCGGGACGUGGUGCCGCGGUUGAUGAAUCGCUUUGGGGGACCCGUGUUUGCGAUGGGGGUUUUUGGGAUGCCAAUUUUGUGCCAGUUGCCGGAGGAAUUUUUCCAGGAGGACGAAGAGGGUCGGGGGAAGGAGCAGUACAGGGAGUCGUACGGGCGGUACGUUGAGAUGGUGAAAGAGUUUGCGGUUGAUAUGGUAGACGUAGAAUUUUAAUAAAGUCAAGCAUUAACAAUAGGGUUUGAAUUUAAAAAUCACCAAAAACUGGUUUUUUACCUUUUC